AUGCAAAAACAAAAUAAAAUGGAUUAUGAAAUUACAAUACAUGAUGACAGCAUCGAUUUCAAGCACACAAACCCACACAAACAAAAGCACCUUGUAGAUCACUCAAAUGUUGAUUUUUUAGAAGUAAAACCUGGUGCACUUCCAUGAGAUGAAGAAUCAAUGACAUUUUCAAGAGAUGAAGGUGCAAGCCUGAUUCAUUUGCAAAGAGAAAACGAAAAAUUAAGAAACAAAUUGAAAGAAUUAACUUGACUACAAAGUAAAAAUAAAAAAUUGUAUGAAUGCAAAAUAUAGGAAAAAAUAUUUUAUAAUAAAUUGUUUUGGAGAGAAAAAGUAAGUGAAAAAUUAAACCAUCAAAUCGAUUUAGCGGAGAGCCGAAGAAAAAAAAGUAAGCCCCAGAAGAAAAGAACUGGAUAUGAAGAACUAGAAACUGCCAAAAAGAAGUUAGCGCUUUGUGAGUAAUUUCUAUCUAGAAAUCAACGGGGUUCGCUCUUUCCGAAAAUUCAAAAAAUCAAAUUUCUGGUCGAGUUGUUGACCAAAAUGGAAUCGGAGUCCAGAUGCAACAUCUAGUAUCGCACUAGAAUUUUCCCGAUUGGAUAAGCGACAAACUCUCGCCUUGCUGGGCGUUUUCUUUCAAAUUUUAGAGAGUUAUCUUCCCAAAAUGUAAAGCCUUGACCCGGAUGUGAUAAACCCGGCAUUGCGCUCUAUCAACCUGGCCAGAUACACAUUUCCGAAUACUAUCCUCCCUUCCACGAGUUCCCUGGCUUUCCUAAUGAAAUUACUGGAUACAGAUGCUAAGAGGGCAGGCUUGCUCACCACAUCAUUUUAAUGUAUAUCCUAUCUAGAAAUCAAUUUCGAAACUCUAUCAACUAGAAUAAAUCUGCUUAAAGAUCCUGAAUAUGAACGAAAGCUAAAAGAAGAUAUAGAAAAUAACCAAAGAAAGUUAAGAGAGAUCGAAGUUAACGUACAAAGAAAUGCAGCCAUGCAAAGCAAGCGAGGGAAAUUCCUAGGAAAUUUAUUAGAUACAGGAGAGUCCCCAGACACAAUGAAAUCAUUUAUGGAUUUAAUGAACGAAAGAAAAAUUUUGAUCUGCAAAAUCGAAAAAAUUGACCAAAAAAACAGUCAAGUUACGUCCAGUUUUUAUAAUUUCUCUGAAAAAUGCAAUCAAUUUGAAGAAUUAUAUAGAGAAUUAAGCAGGAAUCAAGACCAAAACUAUAGUGACUCAGGAAAAAUAGUGAAAGAAGAAGUGGUUAAACUAGAGAAAGCGAAUUCAAUAAAAGAAAAAGAAUUGAAAAGCAAAGUAUAAUUUAUGCACACAAUAGAUCGCUAUACCCAUCCGAAUAAUGAUCAGAAGAAAUAUUGUCGAGGACACUUGCUUUAUACAGUCUAAUUCUGAUUGGGUAUCUUAAAAUCAUAACGGAGAUUUGUCAUUUUGGUUUUUGCUUUUCGAAAGAAUUGGUAAGCACAAAUUAAUUUUAAAAAUAAAAUGUAUGAUCAAUAAUGAUCUAUUAAAAUCCAGGGGCUAUAAAAAGAUUGAUAAAUAAAAUCAAAGAUCUUGAAACCGAAGACAUUAAUCUAGAUUACGAAAGAGAUAAGCUGAUAGAGGAAAUUAGAGAAAAAGAAAGGGAGAUUAUUUCUUUUAAUAUGAAUAAUUAAGUUUAUUUUAGGAAUUAGAAUUUAGGAGAUAUGGCAGUUUUAGUAAGUUAGAUUAUAAUCAAGCUCAUCAAAAUAUCGCCAAAUUAAGGUUUUCAGAUAGCUUGAUGAUCCAAAAAUCGUCAAGCAUGACAAGGAUUUUCCCAACAGAGCUAAAUGAGUUAGGACCUGCCAAAUCGCACAGUAAAAAGGUUUUGACACCAAAACUGAGGUAG